AGCAGUAAAGCAGGUUUACAGAGUGAGUGACAUUUGUCAGAGGUGGGACUCUUGGGAAACAGGUGCAGCCAGUAGAGACUGCGUAACUUUAGGAAACAGAAAGAGAGUGGUGAACAACAGAAACAUGAUUAUUUCUUUUUCAGCUUUCCGCAUGGAGUGUUUGCACUGUUAUGGGAGUUAGGCAUUUCAUGGAGCUACCCGUCAGCAUUUUACAUGUUGUGGCUAAAACUUGAAGGUCCUCAGCAUUUAUUUUAUUCGCUUCAGGCAAAGUAAGCAGCACAAUUGCUAGAUGAGUGACAGAAAUAAGCCUUGCAUUGCAAAGCCUGUUGUCAUGACCUGUCCCAUUAUGGAGGUAUUAAAAUGACUGGGAGAAGACGUAAUGAACUAGAAAUGACAAGGCAUUUGAAGGGUGGCAGUACUCAACAGACUAACACUACAGAGGAUGUGCAUUCUGAAAAAGACUCCAGCCACCAUGAUCACAUGACUGAUGGUGACCAUGAAACUAGGCACAUUCCCAUUAGAAGGAACUCUGUGUACUAUCGGUCCAUGAGAAGGAAGAAGAACAAUAAAGCACAACAAAGAACUCCCGCAAAGGAAUCCAGUGGUGUCUCAAAAGAACAUACCUCAGAAAACCAGAAUACAGACUCGAACCAUUCCAUCCAUGCUGGAAAGGCUGAACAGUUGGAAUCUUCAGUCUCAUCAAACCCUCCUCCUCCAGUAAGAUCUGCAUUAAUCAGCAAUGCACACAGGCAUCAGGCACAUCAAAAGAACGAUGGAUCUGCUACAGAUCCCCACAGCAGAAUCACUUCCUCAAGGACUGAGGCAGAAAGGAAUGCACAUAAGCAUGGUGGCAGACAGCAACAAUAUGCCAGUUCAGUACAUCAUGUCAACCAGCAUCGAUUGCAAGUAUAUGAGACUGUCGAUCCUAAAUCAUCUGCUGACAAAGCCAACUGUAUACAAACUUUAGAGGAUGGCUUUGCCACUUCAUGUGUCGUACUGGACCACUUAGAAGACAAAAACUUAGCAAAUGAUGAUGACAUCACAGACAGAGCAUCCUGCAACACAGACUUGUCACAGACCGUCCAUAAACUAUCACCUGUUGGCCACGUGGAACCUCUUCCUGUUAUCCAUCCAGCAGAUGGUGAUGCAUUGAAAGCACUGCUUGACAAAGGUUUUCUGUACCAGGAAUACUGGGACAAAUCCACUCUAAAGGCAAUAGAGGACCGACGGAUACAAGAUUCAAUGAAUGCAGACACUAGCAAGAAAACAGACAGAGACAGCACAGCGGGAAAAAUUAUUCCUGUGGGCAACAGAGAAGAACGGCGAAGCAGGCUUCUAAAUGGCACACGCUCUGGGUUUACAUUAUGGCAAGAGCUACAAGAGAUCAGGAACAGUGGGGUGUUAAAUCAUCUUAGCCCUGAAGAGAUUAAGCUACAAGAGGCCAUGUUUGAACUGAUUACAUCUGAAGCCUCUUACAACAAAAGCCUUGAGCUUCUUGUUUCCCAUUUUAUGAAGAAUGAAAGCCUUUGUCAGAAAAUCAACCAGUCAGAGUCUCACUUCCUGUUUUCCAACAUCCUGGAUGUCAUGACAGUCAGCCACCGAUUUCUACUGGAUCUAGAACAAAGGCUGGAGGAAAAUAUUAUAAUAUCAGAUGUGUGUGAUAUUGUUUAUGAAUAUGCUACCAAGCACUUUGAAGUGUAUGUUAUCUACGUAUCGAAUCAAACAUAUCAAGAAAGGACCUACCGGACACUACUGCAGGACAAUGCCAGUUUCGGAGAAGUGGUUUCUCGACUUGAGAAGGACCCCCGAUGUAAAGGACUUCCUCUCUCUUCAUUCCUUAUUUUACCCUUCCAGCGCAUCACACGACUGAAGCUGCUUGUUCAGAGCAUUCUGAAAAAGGUGGAGGAAGGUUCUGAAAAGGAGGCUAUUGCUUUGAAGGCUUAUCAAGAACUUGAAUCUAUUGUUCGAACCUGCAAUGAAAAGGUGAAAAAUAUGAGUCGCACGGAGUACCUAAUCAACAUUGAAAAGAAACUGGAGUUUAAAACAAAGUCUGUUCCUGUGAUUUCCCACUCUCGCUGGCUCGUGAAGCAGGGUGACCUGCAGCGUUUCUCUGGUGCAAAGGCCUCACUUACCCUUAGGAAGCAGAAAUUAUUCAAACAUAUCUACCUCUUUUUGUUCAAUGACCUCCUCCUAGUAACGCACAAGACUGCAAGUGAUAAGUACUUGGUGCUGGACUCUGCUGUACGAGAUGUGCUACGGAUUGAGGACCAUGAAGACCAGGGUCAGCAACUUGCAAAUACUUUUACUCUUCGAAUUCUAGAGAAUCAAGACCUGCAGGAGGUUAACUAUGUGAUAAAGGCUGCUUCUAAUGGUGAGAAAAAGCGAUGGAUGAUUGCUCUAGCUCCAUUCCAGAGGGAGAGGUAUCUGCCAACAGCACAUCAGUUAGAUUUUCCACAAGUACAAUGUGUGUACCCAUUUGUUGCUCAGGAGCCAGAUGAAUUGUCUCUAGACCCAGCAGAUGUUCUAGCUGUUUUGGAUCAGUCUAAUGAUGGGUGGACAUAUGGAGAGCGUCUCCAUGACAGAGAAAGAGGCUGGUUCAAAAGUUCUGUUGUGGAGAUCAUUCAGAACCCUAAGAUCCGAGCACAGAACCUAAGGGAAUGUUAUCGUGUGCACAGCAGGUCGGAAGUAGGUGACCUGAAGAGAAUGAAGAAGAAGAAGAUGGGAAGCAGAGAUUAUAUACAGUGACAUCAGUCAUUACUGCCUCCUUGCAGCAGUUUCAUUCUGGCUGCUGCGAGUACAGAAUCAUGUAGCUCAUCUAGAAAGAAAGUUUUUCUCAGAUGUAGGACUGAGCUGAAAACCCUUCAGUGAAGCAAGUGCAAUCUUUCCUACACUCCCAUGAAAGCAGCCACUGAGAAAAGUCUUGCAAUGAAGACAGAAUGUGCUGUAGGAAGGUCUUCAGAAAAUGCCAGAACAUAACGUUCUUCAUUGUCUGUUGUAGAAGGAAAACAUUUCUUCCGGUCAUUCAUUAUGGACACUUCUGCUAUGUCUUCAUUUUUGUUUUCAAUAUAAAUGAAAAAAUAAAAGAUAUGGCACACAGCAGGUAUGCAUGAACAUUUUUCUGCCAAGUGUGACAGUUUUAAGUAAGAAGUAAAUUAAAAGAGGAGUUAGAAUUCUCCUAACAACUCUUCCCUCACAGACUGAUGUGUUAGCAGACCAGCUAACAUAUUAGUAGAACUGCAGUAAUGUGGUGUACAUAGAAAACAAGUGCCACUGAUUACAAAUACCUUUUUCAAAAACAUGUCCCGGGGGAAGGAGACAAUGUAUUUGGUUGUACUUGGACGUAUGACAUAUAAAGUCAAGCACAAGCCCAUUUCAUCCAGUCUGCACUUUUCUCAGAGCUGUGUGGCAUUUUGUAAUGUACCCUGAUACGAACCUUUAGGACUCCUCUGUACAGAAGACAAAAGUAAAGAGACAUUUACAGAAAAUCAGCUGAAACCCAUCAGGGGCAUAUUUAAGGUUGUGCUUAUAUUAAAACAAGUUUCAUUAACUUUUAAUUUGGAUUAAUUUAUAUGUAUUCUAGAUACAUUCAAAGGCAGAUACGUUUCCUUAUGAACUGUGAGAAAAGUGAAAGAAAAUUUUUGUAUGAAAGACUUGGUAUUGGUUAGCAAAAUUAAAUGAAGCACUUUAGAUGUAAAAUGUUUACACGUGUGUGUGGCACACAUGUAAAUAAGGAAGAAUCAAAGGAAAAGAAUUACAAACAAUCUAUCAGUGCCAAUGACUGACCCAGUUAUAUCUUGCUAAUGAGGUCAACUUUUUCAGAAGCUUGUAGGCUCAAAUCUGUCAUCAAAUGCUUUGGGUAUCAUCAUCCCAGUAGUGAAACUGUAAUGCAUCCUGAGUGGAAACUUCACACAAAUAGUGUGCCCAUGGAAGUGAUUGCCUAUACAUAGUCUGCCUAAGUAUACUGACAGGCCCCUGUAUAACUGUUUCUUCCUCCUAGCACUGUGUUAAACUGAGGUCCUUUCUGCCAGUUCUGAUGGCUAUUCAACUACUAAAAUCUACUAAUGGUUUGUAUUACUCAAAAAAGUACUAAACUGUAAAGUCAACACUGUUUUCAUUAUACAAUCGGUUCCUUUAGCAGAAAUGUGCAAAAUAUUUGGAAGACCCUUACUUAUGUUGCAUUACAAGCUUUAUUGGCCACUGCUGUUUUUAAAUUCUUAGCCAUGUUUUUGGCUUAGUUGGAAAUAUUUUUACUUUUGAUUCACAUAGUUUUGACAGUGAUCAACAAAAUUGUAUAUGCAACUGAGACAUUUUGCACCUUAAAUAAAUGCUCAUUCCACUAUUUAGUGUUUCCUUUCCAGAGUUAUUUUAUAGAAACAAAAAUAAAUGUUUUAGAAUUUCUAUUUGUUUAUUUCUUAUUUGUUGCUGCAGGGAUCACUGGAAGACAUUUUAUUGGUGAGAUGCAGUAAGGUGCAUGCAAAUAUAAGGCAUUUUCCAUGUACUUCAGUCUGACAUUAUGAACUUUUGAGUGAUCAAGCCAAUAGAUUACAUGAGGGGGGAUAUAUGGGAUAUUGCCAUAGACACAGUUCAAACUGCAUUUGUGUGGUAUUACAGAACAGAGUAUUUGUGGGAAAAGAACAAGUGCAAAAUAUGCGUUUCCUUUCUUUGCUAAUAAAAAAUGUAUAAUGCACACGUAAGUGAAAUACAGCACAUUUGUAUAUUGUUAUAUGCUUAAUAUUUUGUGCACUUGUACUGCCCUAAAACAUGUCUUUAUUUUGGAGAUAUUUGAAUUUAAUUAAAAAUGGGAAAUGUGAUUUUUUGAUACUUUUGCCCCUUUACAGCCGAGACAUUGUGUAUUAAACACGACUCAUUUGAUAAAUGAA